GAGCGCUAGUUCCGCACCGACCGCAUCGUGGUACCGUGUGACAACCGGCCCGCGUAACGCAAGCACGCCUCCGGAGCCCCGGGAAGCAGCGCGACACGUCCCACCAAACCGUGCGGUGUAACUCGACCGGUGAUAUCGGCUAGUGUUUGUGCUCGUGCUCCGUAGCUCAGUGAAACUUUCCCGGGACCGGCGAUUGUGGCGCGAUGUGAAGUGGCGACCGUGAAUUCAUGUGCGCAGGGAGGUGAGUGGAGGCACACGCGGGCAAGAUGGCUGCGGCGACUAGCUGAUAGCAUGCGGGCGGCGGCGCGGCCCGCCCCGACCUAGCCGAUCGCACUAGGAGCGCCACCUUCACGGGCGCGCUGGAGGGCGGUCCCCUGGGCGGCGGCAGCGGCGGCGCGCUCGGCGCUCUGCGUGCGCCCAGCUCGCCGCCCGCGUCCAGCCUCGGCACUAGCCGGCACAGUCUCAUAGAUAUGAUGACGUGUCGGCUGGGUUCGCGGCGGCUGGGCGGGUCGCGAGGCUCCCUGCAAGCCGGCACCGCAUGCUCUGCUGCGAGUGAAUUGGAUCUCUCUUUACGCUCACGACGCUCACAUAAAGCUAGAUUAAAACUCCUGGGUGCAAGUGGCGAGGCCCCACUGCUCGGCGGCUGGCGCAGCACGCCGCACACGCCGCACGCGACGCCCGCCCCGCACCACUCGCACAACCACCUCGCUUCUCAUUGUAACGGCACUGACAGCAGAUCCAUCCGACGACGGUCGACCUUCAACGCUGGGCCGUUUCGGUUCGGAUUGUCAUUUUCAUUCGUGUUCGACCCCGCCGGCCGGCUGUGCUAUUACUGGUCCAUGGUCGUCUCCCUCGCAUUCUUAUACAACCUCUGGGUCAUCGUAUAUAGAUUCGCCUUUCAAGAAAUCAAUGGUGAAACGUUAAUAGUGUGGUUUUGUUUGGAUUAUUUUUCGGACUUCCUUUAUCUGGCGGACAUUUUAUUUCAUUUUCGGACGGGCUACUUAGAAGACGGGGUGUUGCAAACGGAACCGGCGAAGCUGAGGGCGCAUUAUAUGAACUCUACCACAUUUUACAUAGACUGUCUCUGUUUAUUGCCGCUGGAUUUCCUUUAUUUAUCGAUAGGCUUUAAUUCCAUCUUAAGAUCCUUCAGACUUGUAAAAAUUUAUCGCUUCUGGGCCUUCAUGGACCGUACCGAACGGCACACGAACUAUCCUAAUUUAUUUAGGUCGACCAGUUUAAUUCAUUAUUUAUUAGUGAUAUUCCAUUGGAAUGGAUGCUUGUACCAUAUAAUAUAUAAAAACAAUGGAUUCGGUAGUAAAAACUGGGUAUAUCAUGAUACAGAGACUGCGGACGUAGUGAAACAAUAUCUACAGAGUUAUUAUUGGUGCACGUUGGCGCUGACUACAAUAGGUGACCUGCCCCGACCGCGUAGUAAAGGAGAAUACGUGUUUGUGAUAGCCCAGCUUCUGUUCGGGCUCUUGUUAUUCGCAACAGUGCUGGGACACGUCGCCAAUAUCGUCACUUCAGUGAGCACGGCGAGGAAAGAGUUCCAAGCAAAACUAGAUGGUGUCAAAACCUACAUGCGUAUGAGAAGAGUUCCAAACCAUUUACAAGUGAAAGUUAUAAAAUGGUUCGAUUAUUUAUGGCUCACGCAGAAGUGUUCAGACGAAGAGAAGGCAGUGUCUUGUCUUCCCGAUAAACUAAAAGCAGAAAUAGCUAUAAAUGUCCAUCUCGACACACUGAAGAGAGUGGAGAUCUUUCAGAAUACGGAAGCUGGUUUUUUGUGUGAACUAGUGUUGAGGCUUCGCCCCGUACUGUUUUCUCCAGGAGAUUACAUAUGCAGGAAAGGUGAAGUCGGGAAGGAAAUGUACAUAGUGAAUCGAGGGAAAUUACAGGUGAUGGGUGACAACGGAAAAACAGUUCUUGCAACACUAAAGGCUGGUUCUUAUUUUGGCGAAAUUUCCAUUCUGAAUAUGGGCACAGCAGGUAAACAACUUGGCAACCGGCGGACAGCGUCAGUGCGCUCCGUGGGCUACUCGGACCUGUUCGUGCUCAGCAAGAACGACAUGUGGGAUGUCCUCAAAGAGUAUCCUGCUGCGCGUGUACGCCUUGAAGCGAUAGCGGUGAAAAGACUUGAAAAAUAUAGAAAAACACCGGCGGACAAAGGUACGUAUGUAUCUAUCGGGCGUUGCCAAUCGACGCCGGGAAUGCUGGAGUCGGUCGGAAAAGUGUCGAUAGUGGAUAUGCAGCUCCCUCGCCCCUCUAUGAUUAUUCCGAUGCAUUCUUCACAUCCGCCUUCUUUCCGGGACCAGGUUUAUAGUUCAUCAGUAAGCCCUCUUCGGGUAGCAUCACCAGUAGUAUCGUGUGCUUCAAGUGCCCGUAGCAGUGCUGUGGGCGGCGGUAGUGUUGCGACGGGCAGUGUGGCUCCCAAGGUCGUCCGUGACUCUCAUGAUGCACUGGAGUCAGAGAUAAAGCGCCUACGGGAACGCCUGUAUACGGUCGAAACGGAGAACGCCGCUAUGUCCGCGAAGCUGAGCCAGCAGCAAUGGGAAGUUGAUCAAAGGUUACAAGAGAUCGAAAUGCAGAUCUGUGGUGGAAGUUCACUGAGCUCGCAGGAGGAGAACGAGCGCAACCGGGAGAGCAUUAUUUAACGGCGCGCUUCGCCCUCCGCGCUUGCCGCGCGACACGUUCCAGCUCAGAGCGCGCCGCAUACGUUUCGCCUUGCCGCAGUUUGUUGAGCACUAAACUAUAACAUCGAAUGCUAGCGAACCCUUCAGUGCCAUAGACCUUGUGGAUUCCAGUGGCCAGUUUUCCCCUUAAUGUAUGAAAUGUGCUGUUCGCUACAGAUAAUGUAUAGUGCCACAAACGCCGGCUCGCGUUUCUAGCGCGUGAUCUUCCUAUAAACUUCGGACUCCCAGUGUUAUGACGAUUAUAGAAAAUGGAAAGUUACAUACGAAUUAACUUUAUCAAAUUUAUAUACAUAUACUUAGUAUAUACGACUCGCUAAUAAUAAAUGACGAGUGUUCGUGAAGUGAGAUUUUGUCGAGACAAUAUUAUCUUUAAAUCGUUUAAACCCAAUGGUGUAGUGUGUGGUUUAUGUGUGUGCGCAAGGUGCGUCGUGUGUGCGCUAAUCCUGCAUUUUGAGUUCGCGUCUGACGACCAUACAUGUGUUUAGAUAUUAAUAAUUAAAAACUAUUGUAAAUAUCUAAUUUUUUAUUUAAUAUGUUCAUUUAUUUUGUAAUAUUAAUAAGAUGAUCUUUAAUAAACGGGCACGAAACGGCCGGGUAAGAACUAAGCGUUUUCAAUAAAUUCGUAACGUUAACUUUAGUUGAAACUGUUUAUGUAUGUUUGGUAUCUAGUGUGAGACGGUAGUGGUACGAUAACCAAAUGCAGAAGGAUACAGAGAACAUUAAAAGCUUUAUUUGUUAUAAUUAUGUAAUCUACGUAACUCUUGUAACUAGGCGUGUGCAGCAACGCAGGGACGCAGUGCAUUGAAUGUUCGACAGAAUGGUCUCACCUGUGAUUCUCACAUAUAAAUGAUAAAAGUUAUUUUCUAUUUCACCAUUUUAAGCUUUAAUUAUUAUUAAUCUGGGAGACUAACGAACGUAUGUCGUUGUUAUCCGAUUCUGGUAUAUUUUCUCCUUUGUUAUAUUAUUAAGGUGAUAUAACGGUUAGGUAGGUCUUUAUUGUCAAUAAAAUUUUAUAUAAUCUAUGUGUAUCGAAGGAUCUAUGAAUGCAUAU